AUGUCCACCACAGUUGCUUCUACUCCUCGUAGUGCUUCCAAUAUCAAUCCCAACGUCGUUAAACGUGUUCACAGAGAAGUCAGAUUCGGCAAUUACAUCCUCGGCUCGACACUCGGAGAAGGAGAGUUCGGAAAAGUCAAGCUUGGCUGGAGAAAAGACGGAAAACAUCCCAGUCAAGUGGCUAUAAAACUCAUCAAGAGGGCUUCAAUUCAGAAGGAUUCCGAUUCAGAAGUGAAAAUCCAUCGCGAAAUCAACUCCCUCAAGCUACUCAACCAUCCUAACAUCGUCAACUUAGUAGAAGUGAUGAAAAGUGGUAAAUACAUCGGAAUCGUCUUGGAAUACGCCUCCGGAGGAGAGCUCUUUGACUACAUUUUGCAUCACAAGUAUCUCAAAGAAAACGUAGCCAAAAAGCUUUUUGCCCAGCUCGUAAGCGGUGUAGACUACAUGCAUUCAAAAGGUCUUAUCCAUCGUGACUUAAAGUUGGAAAACUUGCUUUUGGACAAGCACAAGAACGUCAUAAUUACCGACUUUGGUUUCGUCAAUUCCUACAAUAAGGAUAAGAACGACCUCAUGAAAACAAGCUGUGGCUCUCCUUGUUAUGCCGCUCCAGAAUUGGUGUUGACACAAUCACCUUACGAAGGCAGGAAAGUCGACAUUUGGUCUUUAGGUGUAAUUCUCUAUGCCAUGUUAUCUGGCUACUUGCCGUUUGAUGAUGAUCCAGAAAAUGAAGAUGGUUCAGACAUCGUCAGAUUGUACCGUUACAUCUGUAAAACACCUUUGACUUUCCCCGAAUACGUAUCUCCAUUGGCCAGAGAUUUGUUGCGGAAAAUUAUUGUGCCAGACCCCAAGAAGAGAAUCAACAUCAACGAUAUCAGAAACCACACCUGGUUGAGUCCAUAUGCUAACUUGUUGUCCAUCAGACAGCCGGAAUGGGACAGGAUCCACAAGGAAAAGGAUAUGUCUGCUGCUGUGACUGCUGCUACUGCUUCUGCUUCAUCUUCAAAUUCUCAAAAGAGAUUCUCGAUGAUAAACGAAAGAACAAACAGCUCAGCUCUCAUGAUUGCUUCUUCGAGUUCAGGCUCUUCGCAUGGAAGAUCGUACUCAUCAACUAGCAUCAGUCAGUUGUACUCUUCUCCAUCAAUUUCGUCCUCGUUGGCUAAUGCUGUAGCUUUACCUAAGCUCAACACCAACAUGACCGCUAUGAACACCGCGGAGUUGUCAACCUCAACAAGGUCAAGUCCUUCUCCUACAAAGUCGUCUCGUGGCCACACAAAGUCUGCAUCUAUCUCCAACACGUACCCAACAGCCAGUAAUGCUCUCAAGGCUGUCGUAAACGAUAACAACUCUAGAACUUCUGGCAACUACCAUAUUUUCCCCAACCCCGCUGUUUCCAGAUCUACGACUUACACCGGUACGGCAAUCUCUACGAUCAUCGAAAGUCCCACCAAAACAGCCCAAGAAGGCGAACAUACUAUUGGAUUAUUACCCACAACUCCAGUUGCACCUUUAGACUCUAACAGAUUGCCUCAUACCCACAAGAAGCCAAGACCUACCUCUUAUCACCCAUCUUCUAUGACAUCCACUUUGAUUUCAGGCAACAACUCGGGCUCUUCUGUGCUUUUUGAUUACAUGAAGAUGCCUUCACCUAUCAAUGUCCCAAUGCCCCAAUUCUUAUCCACCUCCCCAACCAAGUCUUCUCCCAUCUCUGUGACAUCUAGUGAAGUAGCGAGCUCUUGUAGUAGCCCUGUUGGCAGGUCUCCCAGAACUGGAAGUAACUCCAGAAGAAACUCCGUUGUCACUCAUGUACACGUUAAUGGCGUGUUGAGCAACGAGAACACAUCUAAUGUUAACAACGGUUCACCAGAUGCAGCCAACAAGAGAAACUCUGUAUUGAGCUACUUGGAAGAUAAGAUUGAUACAUUGGAGUUGAAGGAACUGUUCAAUACUAGCCAGUUGGAGAAACAGAAAGAAUCUCACGAAACUACAAUAACUCCACAAAUAAAUCAACUGCCAACAUUUGAUACCCAGCUCUCACCUUCCGUGAAUGACGUACCUGUUUCACAAGAGGCUGUCCAAGAAGUUGCACCAGCUUCAAAAUCGAAAGAAUCACUUCCUGAAAAUGCAUCUGAUGUCGAGAUGAUCCUGGAAAAGAUGAAGAAAUCUGAAGGAACUGUGCAAAUGGUCCAAGAGAAGUCGCAAGAAACUGUAGACUCGAUUAUUUCACCUGCUGCGAUUGCAAGACGAGAAUCAGCAAGAGAAACUUCCAGACACGAACACAGAAAUAGUUCCGAAGUUAGACUGAACAAGAGAGAUUCUAUUUCCAGGGAUCACCGUGAAGCUAACAAGGAGAAUAAAGAACAAAAGAAACGUAACAGAUUCAGCAUUCUUUCUUUCUACAGUACCUAUAACUCUUCAUCUUCCAACUUGUCUUCAAUGCAUUCUAAUACCAAUAACAAUCUGAAGACAGGUCACAAGAAGGUAUUGGAGCCAUCGACAGAAGCAAACAUUUCCAGUCAGAAUCAUUCGAAGGAUCAAAAAAGAAUCAACUCCAGCUCUUCUUCUCAAUCCAAGAGAUCUUCCAUUUCCACGUCUACAGCUACUUCUUCCGCCAAUGCCAAAGAAGCUAGUGCUGCAAGAAAGGUCAUGGAUUUCUUCAAAAGAAGAAGUGUGAGAAUUGGUUAA